AUGAAUCCAGAAUUAGUUUGCAUUUUAAUUCUGAGCAUAUCAGCAUAUGAAGUUAAAAUUAAUUUUGAGAAAGCAGCUUCGGAAAUUCACAGUAAUAAACAUUUUACCAGUUAAAAAGUUGAUAGUAAUAGGUUAAAAGCAACUGAAAAUGAUUCUAAAUAAUAUUUGGAUGAUUAUACAUUAACAGUAUUCUUAAUUAAUAAAUGAGAUACCAUUAACUUUGGGUUCAACUUAAUUCAAAUAAACAAUUGAUACUACAUCUUUUAUCUCUUGGGUUUAUUCAAAGAAAACUGAGACAAAUUAAUGUACUAAUUGCCCAAAUGAUGCAGAAGUAUUCAAAUGUGAAGGAAGUUGUUAAUAUUAAAAAACUUAAAUUGAUGAAAAAAAAAUUCCUUUAACAAAUGAAAAUAGUUAUGGAGGUCGAGUAAUAGUUACAGGAUCAUAUGCAACAUAGGUAUAAAUAAAUCAUGAAACAAGGAUUCUUUGGAAUUAAUAGGAUUGAAAGCAAAAUAAGUUGGUUUAGGACUUAUUGAUAAUUUGAACUAAAAAGAGGAUCCUAAAUAUGAAUUUAAGGCCAAAAAUGGUGUCAUAGGUUUUGCAUAUGGUUCAGAUUAUGAAGAAUAUAAGAAUAAAAUAAAUGCUAUGGUUAAAGAAAUUAAAAAAGAACCAACUUUAGAAUAAACUCAUAGUUUACUAUAAUAGUAUUUAUAAUAUCAUAAAUAAUAUAGAUUCCAUUCUUAAUUAAAUAAUGUACCAUAAUCAACAUUUUCAUUGAAAUUAGAAGAUAAUUUAUAUUUAUUGGUUAUUGGUGAAGAAUAGAAUUAUUUUGCUUAAUCAAAAUUCACUACAUUUACAAAUAUAGGAAAAAAAGUUUGGGCUUUGAAGAUUAAUAAAAUUUCUUAUGGGAUAGAAGGAAAGUUUGCUUGUAUAUAGAUAUAUUUUAAUUUUUAGCUACUGGAACUGCUAUUUUUGAUAGCACUACAAGAUUUAUUUGGGCAGAUAUAUCAAUUAUUUAAAAAUUUUUAAAAGAAAUCAAAAAUUUCUAAAUUGUAAUUUAAUUACUUUAUUUUAGAUUUGCUAAUUAUAAGAUAGUUUAUAUAAAUGUCCAUGUAAUAAUGAUCAAUUUGAAAAAUAUAAAGACAUUUAUUUCUCUUUUAAUCUCUAAGAUAAAAUUUCAUACUUAUUAUCAAAAGAAGAUUACAUUCACAGAGAAAAUGACUAAUGCUAUCUGUUAAUGAAAACCAUUUCAGAUAAAAAUACUUUAUUAACUUAAUAAGAAAAACCUAUUAUAAUUAUUCCUCAUACAUUUUUUAAGUAAAAUUAAUUUUAGAUCUAAAUUUAGAUAAAAUUAUGUGGUAUUCAAUUAAGAUAUGAAUUAAAUUUCAAUUUCUCAUGGAUAUUAAGUCAUUCCUGAUGAAAUCCAUAUUCAAUAAAAUACAAUUCUUUAUACAGCAAUUAUUGGAAUAUUGCUACUUUUAUUGUCUUUAUUCCUUUUAGUAAACUGCAUGCAGUAAUAAUAUUAAAUGUAAAUUUUAGUAAAGCUCUUUAUGAUUAGGAUUAUUUACAUUAAAUUGAUACAAAUUAAAUUGUAAAAUAACCACCUAUUUCUAUGUAUUAGUAACCUUAAUACUAAUAAUAAUUAUAACAAAUUCCUCAAUUUAAUUAAUAAUUUUAAUAAUCUUAGUAAGCAUAAUAUGGACUUACUCAAACAUAUUAGUAAUAACCUUAAAGAGCAUAACCAAAUCUUUAUUUAGGGGGUCUCUAUAAUUCAAGUCCAUAAAGGAAUAAUUAAAUAGGAAUAAAUUCUUAAGGAUACAUGCCUGGUUAAUUUAGAUUAUGA